AUGGCUGAAGCAUUAGAGACUGUCAUCUCCCAGAGUACAGAGUGUCCAGUGUGUCUUUCUACCUUCACCGAUCCCAAGAUCCUGUCUUGUUCCCACACUUUCUGCAAGGGUUGCCUGGACAACCUCUUAGAGUGCCUCGGUAACUGCCAGAUCCGGUGUCCUGUCUGUAGAGCUGUAACGCAGGUCCCACACCAAGAUGUCGGGAGACUACAGGUUAAUCUUGCUUUGAAGAGUCUGAUAGAUGACAUGAAGGGCCAUCCUCAGAUUUGCACAAAUUGUCAAUCCAAUGACAAGCCCCAUGCUGAUGUCUACUGCCAAGACUGUGGAAAGUAUCUCUGCACCUCUUGUCUUAAUGUGCACUCUCAAUGGGGAGACUUCAUAGGUCAUGACGUCGUCGCCAUGAGUGAGAUCUCAUCAGGAAAUGUGUCUGUAACUAGAUACCGCAAAUGCAGGAAACACUCGAAAGAAGAUGAGGAUUACUUCUGUUCCACCUGCAGGAGAUUCACAUGCUUCAGAUGCGGUAUGAUGGACCAUAAAGACGAGGGACACCAGGUUAUCGAGGGAGCUGUUUAUGAGGACAAACACAUGAAGAACAUCGAAGAUCUGAAAUCUAAGGUGGACAAGAAACAAUCAUGCUAUCAGAAGUACAUUGAUUUCAUAGAUGAGCAGAAGAAGAGUGUUGACAAUGCUAAGAAACGGUGUACAAGUGACAUCAACAAAGCAUAUGAUGAUGCAGUCCGGCAAUUAACAGAGAAGAGAGAAAGCCUACUAAGAGAAGUCAAAGAAACGACUGAAGGCGUAGAGAAAGAACUGAAAAGCAUGAAGACAUCGGCUCAGAAGCACAUCCAUCGGUUAACGACCAUUGCUGACAUGGUAACGAAAAGAACGAAGAUACCGUUAGAUAUGGAUACUUUGGCUACACACGACACUCUGUGUGAAGAGUUAAGAGAGGUUAUUGAUCAAAAGGAUCCUGACUACGAGCAGCCAAAGAAAUCGGGCAUGAAGGGGAUACGUGUCAAGUUCGAGAGAAAUGUUGGAGUGAAAGAACUGGGCCUUGGAAAGAUUGUUAAAAUAGUUGAAAAGAACGUCGCCUUGCCCACGAAUAAGGUUUCUGAUGAAAAGGACAUUUCUUUGCGUACUAAUAAGAUUGUCAAGAAAGUUGCUUUGCCUAAUAAGGGUAGAAUGGCUGCCAUGGUUAGUACACCUGACGGUAGGAUGGCAGUAGGAUGUAGUACAGGUGGCAUAUCCAUCAUCUCUUCUGAUGGUAAGCUUCAGCAGACGGUUAUGAGGGAUGUUAAAUUUCGUGGGGUAGGGUUCCUCUCUGAUGGUCGAUGUGUUGUGAUUGAUACUUCAAACAACAUCAGAUUGUACACACCGGAGUACACGAAGUUGAAUAUAAUGUUUGAGACUCUAAGUCGAGAUGAAGGUGGGUUUUCUGAUCUCACUGUUGAUGAUCAGAUCUAUGUGAGCUACUGGAAAGAUAAGAAGAUCCAGGUAUUUUCAACAGCAGGUGGGCAAGCAAUCAGGGAGAUACCAUGCAACGGGUAUGUAUCACAGCAAACCACUAGUUACCAUGGUUUUCUGAUCACUUCAUCAUAUGAUACUAUCAGAUUGAUAGACAAACAGGGUGCUGUACAGCAUGAAUUAACGGAACCAGGUAGCGACCUUUACGCUGCUGUAUCUCAAGGGAAUACAAUCCUCACAGCCAAGAUGAAGCAUUAUGAAGGUUUGUUGAGCAUUGACGAGUAUACAAAUGAGUUCACACACGUUCGAAACCUUGUUACUGAUUACGAGAUUGAGAAGUCUGGGACAUAUUGGUGUUACCUCCAGCAGUACCGAUCAGGAGAGAUCGCUUUCUGCACACGUGACAGACUCUACAUUCUCCUUUGA